CUUAUUUCACUUCUCAUAAGGACUCAAAAGUCAGGUCCUCAGUCAUCUUUAGAGAGUCUGAGUGCUGGUGUCCUAGCUGAAACGCAGGUCACCGAGCGACUAGUUACUACAACCUCAUCUCAUCCACCUGGAAGCAACCUCAACUCUUCAAUUUUUUUUACUCAUCCUUCACCCGCGCUUCCUCACUUUCACCGCGCAGCCCAAAAUGGCUGAUCUCAUUGUAACCCAAUACGGCUCGGAAAAGGACGUCAAGUUCGCCUCCGCAACGCCCGCCCAGCGCGAGGCCGCAUGGCGCCUCAACGGCGUCUCAUGGGCCCCUCCAAUGUCCCUUGAGAACUACAUGGCCCGCGAGGUCGCGCUCUCCAAGACGGCGCUUUCAUCUCAGUGCAACUACUACGUCCUAUUCAACCCGGCCGACCCAGAGCACAUCAUCUCAUCCUGCGAAGCAACCGCAAAGACCCUCCUCAUCCGCGAUGCCUCUUCUUCAACGCUCCGCGAGGAAAAGGCCUACGCCAUCGCCUCCGUUUACACCAACCCGACCUACCGCAGCCACGGCAUGGCAACGCUACUACUGAACCGCCUAAAGGAAGCCAUGGACGCCGACUCCAAGGCAAGCGCGCUCUACAGCGACAUCGGUCUCACCUACUACGCCCGCCUCGGCUGGGCCGUCUACCCGUCCCUGCAAGUCUCCCUCAUCCCCGAUGACCCUUCCGUCCUGCGCAAGCCCGACGGUGUACGAUACCUCGAGGAAAGCGAGGUCCCCGCCUACUGCGAAAAGGACGUCGAAAUCUUAAAGAAGAAGCUCGCGAACCUGCCCGAGGACGGAAAGACGCACGUCGCCUUUGCGCCAUCGGCCGACCAGAUGCUCUGGCACUUCACGCGGGACAGCUUCAUGGCCAAGCAGCUUUCCGGCCGCGAUGUGACGCACCGUGGGGCGGCUACCGUCGACGGCAAGGCGUGGGUGUACUGGGACCACGACUUCCGCGAGAAGAAGCUCAAGGUCCUCCGCGUGGCUGGCGACCCUGAGGCGGAUGUCACUGCGCUGCUACAGGCCGCGGUGAUUGAGGCCGCCGAAUGGGGGCUCGCAAAGGUUCUGGUCUGGAACCCUGAUGAGGGCGUCUCGGCUUCGGCGAAGAGGGUGAGUGAUAGGACCGGGGGUGCCGUGCGGGUCGUCUUUGACGAGAGACUUGAUGGCAGCAUUCCCAGUCUGCGGUGGAAGGGUGAAGGUGAGGUCGUGUGGGAAGAUAAUGAGUAUUAUGCUUGGUGCUAGACGGCUACGGAAAAGCGUAUCAAUGAUGAUCUCAUUAAGUUACAGAUUCUCUCUAAAUACUCAUACAUCAACGCAGAAGCCCUUUUAUUCUUCCA